AUGAACCCACCAGAGCCAACGCCACCGUCAAUAAAGAUGAAAAGCCCUGAAACUGCCCAAAUACUGCUGCCAGCAUCGCCGUCAACGGCGACGGCGACACCAGCUAGGUCGCGCAGGCAAGCCCAAAAGUUCGAUCAGCCGACGCCUGAGCAACUCGCCAAACUGGGCAUCAAAGUCAGAGACUUUGCGUAUGAGAGCACCCUGCCCCCUAUCCGCGCAUAUGUCCCCCGCCAAAUACAGCCGAGUCGCCUGCCCACCGACCCAGAUGUCCUUGGUGGGCCAUCAGAACAGCGCUCUGUGCAGCGGAUCAUCCCCCCUUACCCCCGACACGUCCGCCAGCCGGCAUACGCUGAUCUGAGGGCGCUGAAUGUGGAGGCGUCGCUUGGCUUGGUGAGCUCGUCGCAGCAGAGUGACUACUCCGCGCCGUCCAGCUCGCAGCCCCCGCUAUCGUACUACGAGUCACAGGCGUCCGAGCCGUACAUCCGCACGCCGACAGUCACGCCGAAUGGGUCUCUGCAAUGGGACGUUGAGGACACGAGCGCGGUGCCUGCUUCGCAGCUGGAACCCAACACUGAGCCAGAGCUACUGUCGUACGCUGACCUGGGUUUUCGCGACCCCGACGAAACACCAGAACAGUUACAACGCAAAGCAUCUCUCGUGCCUACAGAAGUUGGCUCGAACUUCUCUUCCCCGCUGUCAUCACCCCCGGGAUCCCUUCCUUUGAUCCCCCCUUCCAGUACUACUCCCGCUGCUCCAUCUUCGCCUGCUGCACCUGACGCACCACCGCAAACCACGCCUCAAGAUGCAACACAUCAAACCCCACCCUCGGAGCCCUUGCCAGACAUUGCCUCGCCGCGCUACUACCUCCGCAAACGCCCAGCACCCCCCUCCCCAAUAUCAACCGCCUCAACCCGCCCGAGUUCACGUGUACGACGGCUCCCCCCGCAGCCCACAGUCACACCACCACACGCAACUCAUCCACCGCAUCCCCCAAUUGCCACGGUGCAAUCAGCGCAUGCUAAAGCCAAACCACGCAAUGGGCAUAAUUCCCCUCGACCAGUCGCCGUGCGCAGGUCAACAAAAGCAACACCCGUCAGAUGA